GGAGCCCAGAAGGUAGCAGACGUGUGGGCAGAGCAGUCGGCAGAGCUUGAUGAACCAUGACAUCUCUGUUGGCAGUGCUGAGCAGAAUUAAGUUGGGCUUGGGGAGAAUCCUACCACAGAGGGACGAUGAGGCAAAGUCGGCGAAGUGCAACACCCAAACGCUGGCACCAGAGCCAGCAGCACCAGCAGCUCCGGCGCCAUCAGUUCAGGAGACAAAAAAAGAAGAAAAAGAUGAAACCCCACCAGGACCUGAGCCUCCCCAAGCAGCAGCACCCACUCUAGAUAAAGAAGAAACAAAGUGUCCUCCUCCACCUAAUCAAGAAGGUCCGACUCCUGAGGCAGAGAAAGUUGAUGACCCACCAAAUGAUGACCAACAAGAUCCACCCAAGCAAAAGGACAGGCCCGGUCGACCUAUCAUUAAUGCGUUUGCAGAUGCUCACCUUAUCGAGAUUGCAAGACGCUUCAAAGAAAGGACUCAGCUAUACAAGGAGAAGGUAGCGGACAAAUAUGCAACGUCUCCGGAGCCCAGCCCUCCACCUUCUCCUGAGAAAAAGAAAGAAGAGACAAAAAAGGAAGAGACAAAGGAGGAAAAGAAAGAAGAAGAAGUCAAGGUGGAGGAGGCAAAGCCGCCAGAGGAGCAUUACUGUGACAUGAUGUGUUGCAAGUUUAAAACUCGACAUGCUAAGGAGAAGCUAAAGCUGCUUCAAGUCCCCAAAUCUCUUGACGCCUAUACAGAUCGCAGGUACAUCAUCUGGCUGUUCGUGGUGACCAUAGCCUUCAACUGGAACUGCUGGUUUAUUCCCAUGAGGUGGGCUUUUCCCUACCAGACAGCCCAGAACACCAUCUAUUGGCUCUUUUUUGAUUACCUGUUCGAUAUUGUCUACCUGGUGGACAUGCUGGUGUUUCAGCCGCGCUUGCAGUUUGUCAGAGGUGGAGACAUCAUCUCUGAGACAAAGGAUAUGAAGGCCAACUACCGGAGCUCGAUGAGAUUUCGGAGGGACUUUUGUAGCCUGCUGCCUUUUGAUGUGCUGUAUAUCAAGUUUGGAUUUCUACCCGUGUUCAGAGUAAAUCGCCUCAUGAAGUACGAGUCGUUCUUUGAAUUUAAUGAUCGCCUAGAAAGCAUCAUGGACAAAGCCUACAUCUACAGGGUCAUCCGAACCACCGGAUAUCUGUUGUAUAUUCUACAUCUCAAUUCUUGCCUGUACUACAUGGCCUCUGACUAUGAAGGUAUUGCCAGCACAAAAUGGGUCUACGAUGGAGAAGGCAACAAGUACCUGAGAUGUUACUACUGGGCAGUGCGUACCCUGAUCACAAUUGGGGGUCUUCCAGAGCCUGUGACGGUGUUUGAGAUUGUGUUUCAGUUAUUAAAUUAUUUCACAGGGGUCUUUGUGUUCUCCAGCUUGAUCGGUCAGAUGAGAGAUGUUAUCGGGGCGGCCACUGCAGGACAUACUUACUUCCGUACUUCGAUGGACAAUACAGUGGCCUACAUGAACACCUACAAAAUCCCAAGACAUGUACAGAACAGAGUGCGCACCUGGUAUAAUUACACCUGGGCAUCACAAGGCGUGUUAGAUGAAUCCGAAUUACUUGAGGACAUGCCGGUAAAAAUGAGGAUGGCCAUCGCUAUCGAUGUCAGCUUUGCCAUACUGAAUAAAGUGGAGCUGUUCAAAGGUUGUGAUAACCAGAUGAUACAAGACAUGCUCCUGAGACUUAAAUCCAUCGUGUAUUUACCAGGCGAUUACGUCUGUAAAAAGGGUGAGAUUGGCAGAGAGAUGUACAUCAUCAAGCAAGGAGAAGUUCAAGUGCUCGGUGGCCCAGAUGGCACUAAGGUUUUGGUCACCCUAAGAGCUGGAGCAGUCUUUGGAGAAAUCAGUCUGUUGGCCGCAGGUGGAGGAAACAGAAGGACGGCCAAUGUUGUCGCUCAUGGAUUUGCCAACUUGUUCAUUCUGGACAAAAAAGAUCUCAACGAAAUCCUGGUGCACUACCCCGACUCACAGAAGGUGUUGACACGGAAAGGAAGGAAACUUCUGAAAGACAAAGGCAAAGUGACCGGCCCCAUCGAGAAACCCAAAGGAAUGGCCAGUUUGUUCCAAGUCAAGCCAGAAACACCUCAGCUCUUCCGGGCGAUCCUGAACGCCAAUAGGAAGAAAGGCCUGGGCCUGUUUGUGAAGAGCAAGCCUCAAAGCAAGGGUCCAAGUCCAGUCCCCACUCCACAGGCAACGCCAAAAAAACCCAGUGUAGCAGCAGCACCAGCACCAGGUGCCUCCCCUGCCAAUGCCCCCAUCUCCAGAGGGACCACCAAUAAAUCGCUGGUCAUCACCAUGACUCCGGCCAAAGCCACUGGCGAGGAGGAGGUCCUCAAAGUGGAAGUCAAGGAAAGUUCAAAGGGAAAAUGAGUCACCUCGACAGUUAACGGAGGGCUGCAGGAUGCCAAAUGGAACUGAAGGAGGACUUGAGAUGAACGGAUACAGACGCCCACCUUCUCUGACAGUGAAGAAGAUGACGUAUGGCUGCUCCUUUCAUUUGUGCUUGUCAGUUAAAACUCUUUUCCCAUUUUUGAUCUUUGUAUU